AUGACUGAUAACACUCAAAAGAAGAUCAAUGUUGGCGUUGUAGGCUUUGGUAUGUCUGCUCGCGUUUUUCAUUGUCCUCUGAUCGUUUCUUCACCUUACCUGCACUUGGCUGCAGUGGUUGAAAGAAAGAGUGAUAAGUCAAAAGAUGUGUAUCCUUGGAUCAGCGUGUUCAAAAAUACCGAUGACUUAUUUGCAUCUUCCGAGGUUGAUCUUGUUGUCAUCACUACACCCAAUGGUUCUCAUUAUCCAUUAGCUCUGCAGGCCCUCAAGAGCGGAAAACAUGUGGUUGUUGAAAAGCCAUUUACGAUUACAUCUCAAGAAGCAGAGGAGCUUUGUCGAGUGGCUAAAGAGACAGGGCUUAUCUGUAGUGUCUACCAGAACCGUCGAUGGGAUGGUGACUUCUUGACCGUCAAGAAGUUGAUCAGUGCUGGUCAUCUCGGCCGUCUCGUUGAAUUUGAAUCCCACUUUGAUCGUUUCCGUAAUUUUGUCAAGGCUGGCUGGAGAGAGCAAUCCGAUGCUCCUGGUUCAGGCAUGCUCUACGAUUUGGGUGCACAUUUAAUUGAUCAAGCCCUUUCAUUAUUUGGUAUGCCAAAGACUGUUUAUGCCACCGUCAGCAAUCAAAGACAGUUAAAGGAAACCGAUGUUGCUGAUGAUUUCACCAUCAUCUUGGGAUAUGAAAACUCUUUCAAGGCUAUUCUUCGUUCAAGCAUGCUCGCUCGUCAUACACCCGUUUUACGAUUCAAUCUUCGCGGCAUGAACGGUGGAUUCAGAAAGGAAUACUUGGAUGUUCAAGAAGAUCAACUUAAGGCUGGUCUAGUCCCUUCAGAUACAGAAUAUGGUAUUGAAUCUAGUGAUCGCUACGGUUAUAUCAAUGCCGAUGUUGGCGGUGUUCAUAUUGUCGGCAAGGUUGACACGGAAAAGGGUGAUUAUUUGGCUUACUAUAACAACGUGGGUGAGUCCAUCUUGAAAUCUGAUCCCAGUCUAUUGGCUGUUAAGCCUGAAGAUGGCGCCAAUUGUAUUCGUAUUAUUGAAUUAGCCCAGAAGAGCAGUGAUGAAGGAAGAGUGAUUGUAUUAUAA